AUGGAUUUGGACCAAGAGGAAGGCUGUCGGGCCGGAAAUGUCGCCUUGACUUCCAAACCUACGGCCCAGAAGCUGGUUCCUGAGCACAAGGCUCCUCAGAAUACUGAAAUUGCGGCCGGCGUGCCGACUAGCACAUGCAUCGGUCAUACAAUUCUGCGGAUCUACCGUUGCACACCAACACCAACGAUUGUAUUAGAUGGCUCCCUACAAGUAGUGGAAGUCUCUGAGAGCUACGAGGCUUUGUCCGAUACGCCUCGGGACCAGAUAAUCAACAUUAGCGUGUACGCGUUGACACCACGCGUGAUCCUGGCUCCAGACAUCGCAUCGUUAAGUGGUGCGCUGGGAAUGGCUAUCGCCACGCGGGCCGUUCAAGUGAUCAACAAUGUUCGCGUCGGGAAGAACGAUGUAGACAUCGCACUCCACAUAACACCGAUUUUUGACGACGAUGACUUGAUAUACGUACUCAUGGAGGUGCAAAAAGCGAAACGUGAAAUGGCUGGAUUGAAGGUCAUGGGGGAACAGGUCUAUCCGAAUGAGCUGCACAGAGUUAUUGUCGACACCGUGAAGGACUAUGCCAUUUUCAUGUUGGAUACACGGGGUCACAUCAUGACUUGGAACUCGGGGGCCGCGACUUUGAAGGGGUACACAGCCGAAGAGAUCAUCGGCCAACAUUUCUCCAUCUUUUAUGGGCGCGAGGACUGUGAGAAGAACAAGCCCGCCCGGGAGUUGGAGAUUUGUUUACAGGAGGGCAAGGUGGAGGAUGAAGGAUGGCGUUACAGGAAAGAUGGCACACGAUUCUGGGCCAAUGUGAUGAUCACGGCGGCCCAUCAAUAUGGCCGCCACGUGGGAUUUGUGAAGGUCACCCGUGAUAUGACUGAACAUAAAGCAGCUGAAGCGCGCCUCAUCGAUGCUUUCGAAGAAUCAUCCAACCUGAAGUCUCGUUUCUUGGCCAGCAUGUCGCAUGAGCUGCGCACCCCGAUGAACGGGAUGUCUCUGGCUCUGGCCAUGUUUAUGGAUACAUCGCUGAAUGACAACCAGCGCGAAUAUGCAUCCAUGCUCGAGGACUCAGGCAAGUUCCUCAUGCAGGUGAUAAACAACUUUCUGGACUACUCCCAACUGUCGUCGGAUCCUUUACGUCUGCACACAGAUAUCUUCAGUAUUCCCGACGAGGUCAGCAUGGUGACCCGCAAAUGCAAGUCGGGGACAAAGCACGGGGUAGUCUUAGGGUGUACCGUUGCCCCCCAGUUUCCCCAAAACGUAAAAGGCGAUCGGCUGCGGUUCCGGCAGGUUCUGCAGAAUCUGGUCAGCAAUGCGGUGAAAUUCACAGAACGCGGAUAUGUCCGCGUCGAUGUCACGUACACCGUCGAUGAGGAUGAUCCUGAGACAUAUAUCAUCACGGCUCGGGUUGUGGAUUCCGGGGUCGGCGUUCCACAUGAUACCAUCGAUUCACUCUUCGAACCCUUUACACGAUUUACAGACUCAGCCACCAACAGUUUUCCGGCUACUAGGCUGGAACUCUCGAUCUGCAAAACUUUAGCCGAGUUGAUGAAUGGAACGGUUGGCUUCCAUGCGAAUCCCGACGGGCCGGGCAGCGUAUUUUGGAUGGCCGUAAAGGUGGGUCGCGUCAAUACAUCGAAUUUUGAAGCAAAUCAGUCGGGCUCGUGGGAAGACGAAACGCCGCUUGAUACUUCUGCCCUCCAGAAGGUUGCCCCGCAGACGCAUAUCCUGCUAGUCGAGGACAACAAGAUCAACCACACUAUCAUGCUGAAGCUUCUGAAUAGUCUCGGGUUUGAAAGGUUGGAUGCCGCCUGGGACGGUGCGGAAGCCGUGCGAAUGGUGAAAUCAAAGCCACUCGCCUACAACCUGAUCUUGAUGGACAUCAAUAUGCCGGUCAUGGAUGGCUUGACGGCGACAGAGCAUAUUCGCAAAAUGAAUGCAGUUGUGCCUAUCAUUGCGCUGACAGGGAACGCUUUGAAGGGCGAUGCCGAGACCUACCUGGCCAGGGGCAUGAGUGACUGUGUCGCUAAACCUCUGCAUCGGCAGCAGCUGGUAAAUGUACUUUGGAAGUGGUGCGGAACCUAA